GCAUUAUACAAUUGAUUUUAUUCCCUUUCGGAUUCAUGCACCUUGAAAAAUAACCAAGAAACUAUAAUGGAGGGCAUUACAGUAUACCAUGGGUCAAAGAAAGCCCUUGCUUCCACCAAUCUCGGCUUUGAAGUUUAUUCACGCUCUUGGCGUUUACUGAAUAACUUCAUUGAGAAUGAUUUAAGGGCUCUCUCAACAUCUAUAUUUGAAUCCGUUGAUAGUUUUAUAAAAUCGUCCCACCAAUCGUGGCUUGCACGCCGGAGCUGUGGCCGAUCAGCGCUUUCAUCACCUGAACAGAUUCCAACUGCCCUCUUACUGGCAGGAGUUAAUACACCUGAUCAUUAUCUAAUAUACCAACGCAUUAAGUCAUCUGUGUUGAGCCAGCGUGGCUCCGUAGCUAUCAUUCAACCCGGUUCGGUCACUUCCUCGUCACGGUCUUUGGUUGCUUCAGUGAUCGAACAAAUGACAACCCACUGCGUAACUUUUCCGACUGGGGCGCCUUUUCAAGACAGUGAAGUUGUCGAGCAAUGCGAAAGACCCGACAAUUUUGACGACGAUUCCUUAAAACAGUUCAGUUCGACCACGUGCAAAACUUAUUUGGCUCUGUCAGAAUGGUACCACACUCGAGCGAAUGUCUUGCACUCGCGGUCAAUGUUGGCGGAUUGCAGAAAGCCGUUGGUUCUCCGCCGCCCCAGACGCAGUCUCAGUCAACCCGAUACCGAAUCAAUCGGUCAGUCAAGACCGCUCCGUAGCAAUGCGCUUCCGCGUUCUAUUCAGACAACAACAACCGCACCUUUACCUCGUCGACGCUUCACUGAGCAACCCGGAUCACGAUCACGCCGUAGAGAGCAUGCUUCCGUUCCCUCGGCUACUUACCCAGCCACUGAGUGUCAUUCUGAGGUUCAGUCUAUGAUGGCGGAAGACAAGGGCCCUUUGGUGAUCAUUUUGCCCCAAGUCGAAUCCAUUUCUGCUCAAGUUCUGCAGGAUUUUAUCGAAUUAUCUUCCAUUUAUGUGUCCGGCCAGAUCGGAGGGGUUUCACGUGCUUUGCCUCUUUGUCUAAUCCUGGGCCUUUCAACCACUCCCGAGAUCGGAUUCGUGGCUCGAUUGAAUGCAUCCACAUUGGGUCGACUGCAAAUGGAAUAUUUCACUGUUCCUCCUCCAGCCGUCUUUCUCGUCUCGGUCUUAGAAAAGCUGAUCGCUUUCCCCGGGUUCCAUUUAACCCAUCCAAUGUGGACUUACCUGGUGGAUUCGUUGUUCCUUUGUCUGGAUUAUUCGGUCCGUAAUUUCUUACGUCGUGUACAGUUCUGCAUGUUAGAACAUUGUCUAAACUGCCCGCACCCGGAACUGCUUCUUCCAUCUAGAAAAGCCCGCGACUACUUGGUCUCUUUGUCCUCCUCGGAGCUCGCCCAUUUGGUCUCUGUGCAAUUUCCUUCGUUAACUUGUUGCGUGUCUGACAGUGAGCUUUCUGCGUCUCCGUCGACGAAACACUCAUCAUCAUCGGACAGACUACUACCACUACCACUGGUGGACCGACUAGUGGAGAAGUUGGAAGCGCACUGGCAGCUACAGUGUCUGGCUUCACCGGUUCUACGUUGGUUGUUUGACAUUCUGUCCUCAAUCUCUGCAUUUCCAAUUGCCAAAUCAGUUAACCCCGCAAGGGUUAUGCGAUUCAUCGGUGAUGUCAUCCACCUUAUGAAACCUUAGGAACUUCCCUCUCCUGUUCAAGCCGAAAUACUUUCCCACCACUACCCUCCACCCAAUGUCACCAUUUUCAGCGGAUGCCUUAGUUUGUGACUUAUUGAAUUCCCGAAUAUCAAACGUUACUAUUUUAACUAAAAGCUUGACCAGAAAUUAGCUCUGACUUUUGAAUUCAUUUCGAA